UGACCGUAGCAGUACAGCUGAGAGGAGAGCGUCAUGGCGGUGUAGAGCGGAUUACUCUCAAUGUUUACAUUCCAUUUACCGUCACUUUUCUGAUUUUACCCCGGUUUUACCUCAACGGGACGCGUCUUCUGCGGCGAACGCGUGAAGCAGAGUUUCUUUCUUUCUUCGAGCGUCGUCUCGACACACAGACAGACCGAUCCAGAUCCAGAUCCAGAUCCAGAAUCAGAUCCAGAAUCAGGUGGGUCGUGUGUUAGCUGUCUGUGGGACUCAGAUCCUCUCAAGGGUCAUGGUUGAAGAGGAGCAGCAGCGUUCGGAGGACGAGCAGGUCCCGUUCCCGCUGCUGCAGGGCGAGUGUGUGGAGCGUGUGGAGAGAGCAGAGGAGUCCAUCAUUGCCUUAACCAGCUACCGCCUUCACAUCAGACUACAGGAGAACGUCAUCAACGUUCCUCUGCAGCUGAUUGAAAGUGUGGAGUGUGCAGAUCUGACACAGAUGCAGCUCACCUGUAAAGACUGUAAACUCAUCAGGUGUAACUUCCUGUCGGCGGAGCAGUGUCAGGAUUGGCUGAGGAGGAUGAGUGCAGUUGUUCGACCGCCGUCCCGACUGGAGGAGCUCUUCGCCUUCAGCUUCCUCUCGUGCAGCGCUGAGGACAGAGAGGUGCAUGAUGGGAUCUGCCGUGCAGGAGGACCCCAGCGGAGGUUCAAGCGAGAGCUGGAGAGGAUGGGCUUCCACACACACACUGCCUGGAGAAUCUCCAACAUCAACAGCAACUACAGGCUCUGUUCCAGUUACCCAGAGCAGAUAGUGGUGCCUGCUGUGAUCACGGACCUGCAGCUGGAGAAGGUGUCUGCGUUCAGAUCAUGGAAGAGGAUCCCGGCGGUCGUUUACAGACACUGGAGUUCGGGCGCUGUGAUUGGUCGAUGCGGGCAGCCAGAGGUCAGCUGGUGGGGUUGGCGUGAUGCUGACGAUGAGCUUUUAAUCCAAGCCAUCGCUAAAGCCUGCGUCACGGAUCCGGCUGCGAACACAGUUCAGUCGAACACAAACACAAUCCCCUGUGAGCUCAGUGACUCUGAUCCACACGUGGCCAAUGGGAGCGCAGAGGCGGAGCCAAAGGCCACGCCCCCUCAGAAGCUGUUGAUAAUGGAUGCGCGCUCGUACGCGGCUGCAGUAGCCAAUCGGGCGAAAGGAGGCGGAUGUGAGUGUCCAGAGUAUUAUCCCAACUGUGAGGUGAUGUUCAUGGGAAUGGCCAACAUCCACUCCAUCAGGAAGAGCUUCCAGAGUCUGAGGACGCUCUGCGCUCAAGCACCAGAUCCAGUCAACUGGCUGUCGGCGCUGGAGGGCACUCGGUGGCUGCAGCAUCUGUCUCUGCUGCUGAAGGCGUCUCUGCUGGUGGUGAACGCUCUGGAUCGAGACCGCAGGCCUGUGCUGGUGCACUGCUCCGACGGAUGGGACCGCACGCCUCAGAUAGUGGCUCUGUCCAAACUACUGCUGGACCCCUUCUACAGGACCAUCCAGGGUUUCCAGGUGCUGGUGGAGACGGAGUGGCUGGAUUACGGUCAUAAGUUUGGUGAGCGCUGCGGUCACGGAGAGAACGCAGACGAUCAGAACGAGCGCUGUCCCGUGUUCCUGCAGUGGCUGGACUGUGUUCACCAGCUCCAGAGACAGUUCCCCUGCUCCUUCCAGUUCAACGAGGCCUUUCUGGUGAAGUUGGUGCAGCACACGUACUCGUGUCUGUUUGGGACGUUCCUGUGUAACAGCGUGAAGGAGCGCGAGGAGCGAGGCGUUCAGGAGAAGACCUGCUCCGUUUGGGCUCUGCUGCGGACCGCCAACACUUCCUUCCACAACAUCCUGUACUCGCCGCGCUCCGAGACGGUUUUGCACCCGGUGUGUCACGUGAGGAAUCUGAUGCUGUGGAGCGCCGUCUACCUGCCUAACUCCGCCCCCUCCACGCCUUCUGAUGAGUCAUGUGUGCCAAACUCCGCCCCCUCAGCCUCGCCCGAGGACACACCUGUGAGCAGGUUACCAAAGACACGCUCGUACGAAGACCUGCCCACUUCCUGUGAGGGUUUGACCCCAAACCGCCGCAGCAGCGACCCUAACCUGAACGAGAAGUGGCACGACCGCCGGCUCACAUUCGAGAUCAGCGGAAACCACACGCAGACGACAGAUCAGAGACUCAGCCUAAACACAAACCUGUCUGACGAACUAAACACAGAUCCUCCAGAGCUUUCUGAGACUGACAGCCAAAUGCACAACAUCUCACAGGAAGAGCACAGGAAGCUGGAUCUCCUGAAAAACAUCAGAAGGAAUACCCCUGAGGAAUCGCCUCUUAAUGAGACCAAUCAGACGCUUGAAGAAAAACACCCUCCUGGAUCCCAGCAUCCUUUGCAAACUAACGAAAACAUUGAAUUAACACCAGACAGACUGCUUCUAGAUAAUUCAACUAACACCCAUGAUUCCUCAGAAUGUAGCAGCCAGUCUUCCACGGAAAGUUCUUCCAGUCCAAACCACACAUCUCAGACUCCUAACGGCGUCUGCUCACCUUCCCAGCAUCCUCUUUGUCCGUCGUCCGAUCGUGAUGGCGGCUCGCAGAUGUCGGCAGCGGGAGACUCUUCUCCGACGUCGCCCCACAAGCGUCCGGUGGAUGUUUCCGGGUGUUUAUCGGCGUUAGGGCACCUGGAUAAGGACGGCUUGAGUGUGCACAGUGAUGCUGUACAGGUGCGUCUGCGGCAGAUGGAGGCGGGGCAUCAGCUGCAGGUGGAGACGCUGAAGAAACAGGUGCAGGAGCUCUGGAGCCGGCUGCAUGUCAACAGGAAGCUGACGUCUGUGCCAGACGUGGAGAAUAACCUGGAGUCUGACUGUUUGCAGCGCUGCGGGAAAACUGAUCUUCUGUCCGAGUCCAGCUGGGAACAGAUGGGACAGCAGGAGGCAGAGUGGUUCUCGGAGCACGCGGCGUCUCGCUGCUACGGGUGUGAGAGGACGGUCUGGCUGACGGCGAGGAAGCAUCACUGCAGCCGCACAGAGCCGGAGGAGGCCUGGAACUGUGGGAAUGUUUUCUGCAGUAGCUGCUGUGAUCAGAAGGUGGCGGUGUCGAGUCAGCAGCUCCGUGAUCACGGUCACGUGUGUCAGGCGUGUUACGGUCACCUGCGUCCCUCCGCCGUCCCUCCAGCGCUUCCUCCUGCAGACCUGGAGCUGGAGAAACCCAUCUCCGCCAGCUCCACCUGAGAGACACAUCCAGACCGAUAAACCAAGCUCUCGCUCGCACAGAGCCGUAAGAGUUACACACACACUCGUGAGACAGACGCUCGAAAAGUGCAGUUCCUAAGAGAAUCUCAGCUUCUCCAGCAGACACUGCAGAUCGAUAGAGGACAAGAACUAAAACAAACCAAAAGUUAUCGCCGCCAAAUUACAUUCAUGAUUGCAAACAUUUCUUUAUCUUAAAUGUUAGGUUAAUUAUACUAUUAAAUAUGUGCUCAUUUGAAUUGAUUUCCAGUACGAAACUCUAUAUACUGGAUGAAGUCAGCUUCAAAAUUCUUCUUUCAUUUUUUUUACGUAUGUGACCCUGGAGCACAGAACCAGUCUUAAAUCUCGAGGGUGUUUUCUUUUAAGCCAAAAAUCAUUAGGAUAUUAAAUAAAGAUCAUGUUCCAUGAAGAUAUUUUGUACAUUUCACACUGUAAAUUUAUCUAAACUUUAAUGUUUGAUUAGUAAUAUUCAUUGCUAAGAACUUCAUCUGAACAACUUUAAAGAUGAUUUUUUCAAUAUUUAGAUUUUUUUGCUCCCUCAGAUUCCAGAUUUUCUAAUAGUUGUAUCUCAGACAAAUAUUGUCCUCCGAACAAACCACACAUCACUGGAGAGAUCAUUUAUUCAGAUGAUGAUGAUGCAUGUAUCUCAAUCUCAGUAAAUUGACUCUUAAGACUGGUUUUGUGCUCCAGGGUCACGUGUUAGGAGUCAAAUGUUUUUAGAGGGAUUUUGUGUCUCUUAUAUUUGUCACUCCAUAAUUCAGAAAAUAAUUAGAACAGACAGAAAAAUAUAUAUUUUCACAUUUUUGGGGGGUAAUAAUAUGUAUAUAAUCAAGCAAUAUAUGUGACCAAAUCACUGUAAAAUCCUUCAGGAUACAGAUGUGUAAAGUGUAAAGUUUAGUGUGAGCGAGUGGCUCAGUGUAAGAGAAAAAACUUUUAAAAAUAUGUAUUGUAAUUAAAAGCUAUUGACACAACUAGAUAAAGUGCUGUAAAAGAAACACUUUAACAGUGUCUUUUGGAUGUUUUCUUUCCAUCAGUCUGAAAAACGCACAUGAACCCAAAAAAAAAAAACGCCCACAAUCUCAAACUUGACAUGUGCAUGAAAAACCUGCAGUGUCUCUUUAACCAGUGCACGGUUUCCUCCCAAAGAUUCUCUGAUCAAUGCAACGAAAAACACCGAAGACAUUUCCUACCAUUAUUUAGAAGUGUGUAUGAUUCACAUUAAUAUUCUGUUAACGUUCAAAAGUAUCAGGAAAAUUGUUGAAAAGUCGAGACAUUUCAUAAAAUAAAUUACACGUUCAUAUGAUUCAUGAACAUUUUAUGAAAUCAAGGCACUUGAGAUAAAUUACAAGUUCUAAUAAUUUAUAGAAAUAUUCUUAAGAAAACUUUUUUUUUAAUGAAUUCAAAGUUUGCAUGAUUCACGAACACCUUCUGAACACAUUAGAAUUACAAGUUAAUUUGAUUCAUGUAAAUGUUCGUGGAAUAGAAGACAUUUCUUUACAUUUUUGUGAACUUUAUGGAAUUUAAGUCAUUUCUCAUGAAAUCUGAGAUCAUAUAAAAAUCUUAAGAAAGAAUUCUAUUUUUUAAAUUUGCUUUUCGUUUUUUUUAACUCUUUCUCGGAUUGAAUGCUUCCUGUACUGAAUGAUAAAAUCAAAACCUUAUUUAUUACAAGUUUAAUUACAAGUUGUUACCUAAUUUCAAUAAGUUAUUUAAAACAUUUCAUCUUCGGGCAUUCAAGACCAGUUCGAGUUAAUAUUUUAUUAUUUUUAAACUUUAAACUUAUGAUGAUUUUAAGAACUUUUUCCCCCCUCAGGAAGUCAGUUUCUUCGCAAGAACAUUCAACAUUCUGAAGAAAUGUUUUUAGGACUAGAAAAUAUUCUUAAAUGUAUUCUUAGGUUUGAAAAUGAGAAAAAUAAUUUGGUUGUGAAUCUGGCCCCUGAGCUCCUCGUGAUUAUUUCUACACAGUGAUGCUUCAGAAAGACUGAAACUAGUGUGCACGGUUCAUGUUAAGCAGGAGCUGCAACUCUUCCGGUUCUCUGAGACAGAACUUGAUCUUCAUGUGAAUAUCCUGCAGGACAGAUGUUCUCCUGCACACUUGAAUCUGUGUUCAUGUGAUUCUGUGUAUAUGAUGUGCCAUGUACAGCCAAUGUAAUGAAAGCCUGAGGGACUCUAGCAAUACAUGCACAGGAUCUCAUCAGGACGAUCCACGUCUGCUGCCGCUUCGCUGAGGAAAUCUCCCACAAUGCUGCAGUCUUUCCUCUCUGUGUCAGAGUUUGUACGAGCCGCUGCUGCUGCUGUCGCUUACUGAGGUUUGUGUGAAUGAAAUUAAAGCACAACACACUGCCAAACUGA